UUCUUUUCCUGAAUCUCAAGGCACAGUACUACCACCCAUUCAUCUCUCAUGGCUCCCAUCCACCCCCCACCGUCAUGGCAGACACUUACCUCGUCCCAUCGGGAUCGAGCCUUGGCCCAAAUACGGAAAGAAUGGCACUUGACACCUGAGAUCCUCGCUACUGUCUCUCCCAAUUCCCCAAUCAGCGUGACUCGGAUUCCAGCGCAGUCAAGCAUUCUAGAUUCACGGGAAUUAGAAAUCACGGAGACGCUGGAUGCAACCGCUUUGUUAGAGAAGCUUUCGACUUCCGAAUACUCUGCUGUAGAAGUGUGUACGGCAUUUUGCAAGCGAACGGCCAUCGCCCAGCAGCUGACCAAUUGUUUGACGGAAAUAUUCUUCGAGACUGCCCUAGAGCGCGCCAAGGUUCUGGACGAGUAUCUCAAAAGAAAAGGCCGCCCUAUGGGACCAUUACACGGGCUUCCAAUCAGCCUGAAGGACUCUCUAAAUGUGACCGGCGAAUACUCUACGAUUGAAUAUGUAUCCUUCAUUAAAAAUGGACCAGCAACCGAGAAUUCUCCACUUGUCGACAUAUUGCUUUCGCCUGGGGCGGUCUUGUACGUCAAGACAAACGUGCCUCAAUCAUGCAUGCGACUGAUAGAUCAUUCACUAGACUGCAGAUUCUCACAACAACAUUUUUGGACGGACCUUAAAUCCGAGAAAUCUCACCCUUACAGCCGGAGGAAGCAGUGGUGGAGAAGCGCGCUAGUCGCUCUUCGCGGUUCUCUACUCGGCGUCGGCACCGACAUUGCUGGCUCCAUCCGCAUCCCAUCCAUUUGCUGCGGCACAUACGGCUUCAGGCCCCCUGCAAGCCGGAUUCCCAUGGGGGACAAGUUGUACCCGGACCUUCGUCUUUUCUUACAGUCUGUCAUCCAGGCUAGCCCAUGGAAAACAGAUCUCAGUUGCCCCCCGAUACCAUGGAGUCGGCCAGAGGAGUUGGGUUCUCUCCGAAUUGGCCUUCUCCUGGAAGACCCUCUGCGACCUUGCGAGCCGGAAGUACUUCACACGAUUCAGUCAGUGGCCCAAAAGCUGAUCUCGGCUGGGCAUGAAGUUAUCCCCCUUGGGAAGUUUCCCUCUAUUGUGGAUGCAGAACAUCUGGCCCUCUCUUACUUUGCUCUGGACCAUGAACAUUAUCCUCUGUACCAUGCGACUAAAUCAGGAGAGCCCCUCAUUCCCUCUCUGGUUGCAGCCAUCGAGGCUGGUUUAGGCUAUGAAAAGGCGACCAAAACUUUGGAGGAUCCCGUGAAAAUGAACCUAGAGAAGGACCAGCUCAUUGAAGAUUGGACCGACGUCUUCCGACGGGACAGUCUAGAUGUUGUGUUGGCGCCUGGCGCCCCUCAUCCGGCAGUGCCACACGACACAUAUCUCCGGACCACCUACACUAUUGUCUGGAAUCUUGUGGAUCGUCCAGCUUGUAUUAUACCUGCCGAUCAGAUAUCCAGCACCGAUAUCAAAGAAAUGCUCGAUUACCUCAAGCCUGCUCAGCUCGAGGAGUAA